CCUUAUCGCAAAUAGACUCACGCAAAGGACGAUGGGAUUGAAAAGGGAGCAAGAGCGCCGCAAACGUGUGAUCGCGACCAUGCGAACAAUAGCAGCCGACACACAGUACGUACAUCGCACGUUCGCCCAUUCAGCUUUCAGCUUUCAGUUUCACUUUUCAGCUUUCAGCGUUCAGUCUUACUUUUCAGCUCGUGAUAUUUUGUCUUGCAAACUCACUGAUUACAUUUAUUCUACACGAUGGGUGGUGGAGACAGAUGUGCUGUCUAUGGAUGCAACAAUGACCGAAGAUAUCCAGAAAGAUAUGUUGUGAAGGACCAUGUUAACAACCUAAGGUUUCACAAGUGCACAGAUCCCCGGAACUACGCCCAGUGGACCAGGCUACUCAACCGAGACAUGUUCCAAGUAACUUCUUCCACGAGAAUUUGCAGCAAUCAUUUUCAGCAUGGACAACCCUAUCCCGAUAACAAGCACCCUUCAUUGCACUUGAAAGGUUACGAGGCGCAGCCCAAGACUCCCAGCCGAGCUCCACCAAAGCUACGGGAUGACAAGGAAAACGUACCACCGCAGCCAAGUCGUCGAGACAAGAAGUCCAAGUCCGUCGGAGUCCAGGUCAACCCCACUGAUUUUGACAUCACGCAGAGCAGCGAGGAGCACAACUAUGCCAACAGCAACACUUCUCCGCAAGUCUUCUCGCAAGCUCAUGUCAACGACAUUGAGACUCAGCUGCACGAAGCCACAUCGAAAUGCGAGGUGUUAAAACAGACUGUGAAUGACCUAGCGGCAAAAGUCACCUCACUGGAAAAAACUCUUGGUGCCAAAAAGAGGUUCGGAAUCGAGGACAUUUCGUCAUCUGAUGAUCUAAUCAAAUUCUACACUGGAAUCCCCACGUAUCAGCAAUAUAAAUGGCUUAUGGAGCAGGUGCAUCCUCGUGCCGUCACACUGCACUACUUCAAAGGAAAGUCAUCACUUGAUGAUAAAAACUACCAAGUGCUGAACCACCAGAAACCAGGAAAAAAGCGAUCGCAGUCCCUCGAAGAUGAACUACUAAUGACUUUGAUGAAGCUUCGUCUCAAUCUCCGAGAAGAAGAUCUCGCAUUCCGGUUUGGAGUAAGCCAAAGCACCGUUUCACUAGUGCUUUCAACCUGGAUUCCUUUCCUGAGCAAGGAGCUUGAAAGUUUCAUCCUUUGGCCAAGUCAAGAGGACACUCACAAGUACUACCCGAAUUGCUUCAACAAAUUUCAUGGAACUGUACGCUGUAUCAUUGACUGCACUGAGAUUCAGAUCGACAGACCGACACUGGCAGGCUCACAUUCCCAGGUGUACAGCCAGUACAAAGCACGGCCAACGUUGAAGUGUCUCGUUGGAAUUACACCAGGUGGGACCAUCUCAUUUGUGUCAAAGCCAGCAGGGGGUAACACGUCAGACAAGAAGUUGGUAAAAAUGUCAAACAUCAUAGACAAGUUCGAGAAAGGUGAUACCAUCAUGGCCGAUCGCGGAUUCAACAUCCAGGACCUCUUGUUGGAAAAACAAGUGAAAGUUGUUAUUCCACCCUUCAUGAGGACAACGAAGGCUACCAACCAGUUCACCGAGUCGGAGGAUGUCCAGACAAAGACGGUUGCUAAUGCUCGUAUACACGUCGAACGUGCUAUAGGGAGGAUGAAGGAGUUUGGCAUUCUUCAAGGUCCAAUUCCCCUGACGAUGAUAGACCUGAUGGAGUCUGCACUUGUGGUGUGCUCUGCAAUCGUGAACAUGCAGCCAAUGCUGGUACCUCUGAACUCGUAAUGUGAGGUUCACUUCAAAUGGACAGUAAAGUCAGAAAACAGAAACCCAAAGGCUCUUUUAAGAGCCAACACAUGACAAUAUUUGUGAUAUUUGCAUCAAAGUGAAGACAUUGAAAUAUAUGUAUGUGCACCUAAA